CGCGCUCACCGCACGUCAUUGACGAACAGCUUGGUACUCGGCUACAUAUGCGCAUAUAUAAUCUCAUCUGAAUCCCGGGCUGUCUCAUUGAGCUGAUACUUCCAGCAACAUCAGAUCUUAACCGAGCAGAACUAUGGCAGACGAGAAGAAAAGACAGGCGAAGCGUGCAGCCGCUGAGAAUCGCAGCAUCAAUCCCUCAGGCGCCAUUGUGCUAGCAGCCGCACCCAUGUACCUCGCCUUGGUGCCUUUGACAUCAUAUCUGACGAAACCAAACUCCAUUAUCCAGUCCCUUACACACGCGCUCAUCAAGGUCCUGCCCGGUGUAGAAGUGAACUCGAUUACCUCUGGACGCGCAAUUCCUGCACUUUCAGCACUAUACUUGUUCUGGACGUUCGGCGCAUCUGGCGCUGCUUCGGCCGCUGGUCAGGCUAUGGCACGUGAAGACGGUCUGGACAAUGACCACCCCAGGAAGCAUGUCCAUGACUUGGAUGGACUGCCGUUGAGGCUGAGAAGCGCACAUUAUGCGUUGAUGGAAAACUUCCCAGGCUUUGCCCUUGCUGCAGCUCUUGCGCAGGUCCUCGCGCCCAAUGACGCUCAGAUCAUCAAUCUACUGGGUUUCCAUGUCAUUGCGAAGUUGCUCGUGCACUACCCAGCAUAUUUGGGCAAUAUCGCUUUGCCAAGGACGUUGGCUCACAUUAGCGCUACCAGUGCCUUGGUCAAUGUGUGCUGGAGAUUGGCUGCUGGAGCGUAAGCACGGCUUGAUCACAACGGGGUCUUAAAGUAGAGAAGCUGGGGCAUCGAGAACGGACGCUUGGGAUGAUAAUUGUACACGAGAAGAAGUAUUAACGUAGCUGACUAGCUAUGAUGUGGUAUAAACUGAACAUAAUUCAAAGAAAAUUAAUUUUGUCAGUGGCUCACUACCACCACAAGGCCUGGUUCCAGAAUAGCGCCUUGCUGUUGGCCAAAUCAUCCUCUCCAGUGCUCAUCGUCUCGUUAAAGAUAAGUUGCACACCGCUCGUCGAGUUUGCUUCAUUGUACUUCGGCCAGUACAGCUUGUCCUCCGCCCACAAAGCAUUUGGGUCGCUCUUCAACACAAAGCUGAGAAGGUAUUU